AUGGAGCCAUCCCAGGCAGCUGACCCGGAUCUGAACGAGAAAUGGCCAGACAGUGAGAUUGUUGUGGAGGUUUUUGACGUUUGUACAGUAAAGCAGGAGUUUCUGAAGACCUCGGAACUUCGAAUUCAAUGGCAGUAUCAUCUCGGGCCGAGAAGAGGCAACUAUCAUCAGCUUGCAGCUACCAAUACAUCCAAAGGCGAUACCAAAGUCUAUUUUUUUGUUGCUGAAGAUAAGAUCCACGACUUCGAGCAACUCAAUACCACCAAGGACUCCGACGAUGUGAUUACCUUCAUAGUCACCAAGGACUUCCGAUAUGGCGAAAAGCAAGAAAAAGUCCAGGGCAGAUUGGAAAAGAAACUCAAGAAUCGGUUUCUGGUCUACCAAAGGAACGAUGAAACCCAUGAUGGUAUUCUCCAGCAUCGUUUUAUUAUGGAGGCAUGGAGAAAGUGGGGAAACAUGUUACCGGGCUUUGUGGGCGGCAAUGUCAGUCUGAAGGAGAAUCCCGCAUCCAUUAUGAAGAUGAUGGAUGGAACUAUCGAUAAUAAACUUAAAAAAUUCGAGUAA